AUGGGUUCUCGAUACGUGAUUCAUUUAGAAGAUUUUGAGAUUCUUGGCGAGUUGGGACAAGGAGCAUUUGGCAAAGUCGAACUCGUUCGCUACAUCAACGACGGCAAGUGCUACGCCAUGAAGACGGUCGAGCUGAAAGGCGAGGGGAACCGUCUGCUCAGCCAGUUCGUGGAAGAGCGAACCGUCAUGCAGAAGCUGCAGAGCUGCCCCUUCAUCGUCCAGCUUCGCAUGGCUUUCCGCGAAGCGAACGACCUCUACUACGUGAUGGAGUACUGCGAGAAAGGGGACCUUCUGAACUACAUCCGCUCCAAAACGCGCCUUUCCGAGGACGAGCUGCGCCCUUUCGCCGCCAGCCUCGUCCUCGCGGUGGGCUUCAUGCACACGCUCUGCGUCCUCCACCGCGACAUCAAGCCCGAGAACGUGCUGCUGACCGAGGCGGGCGUGGCCAAGCUCGCCGACUUCGGCCUGAGCAAAACGCUGUCCUCCAUGCGCAGCCGCGCGUUCUCCUUCUGCGGAACCGACCUCUACCGCCCGCCCGAGAUGUCGCAGAACGCCGCGGGGUACAACCGCGCGUUGGACUGGUGGCAGGUCGGCUGCGUGAUCUACGAAAUGGCCGUCGGCGUGCCGCCGUUCGACGGAUCCAAGGAGGAGCGGCGCCGAAAAGUGCUCAAAGAGGAGCCGAAAUACCCCGAAUUUUUGUCAACCGAGCUGGUGGUGCUGCUGAAGGGACUGCUCCGGAAGAAUCCGUGGGAGAGGCUCGGUGCGGGAGACGGCGAUUAUUUGGAAGUGAAAAAUAUGCCCUUUUUUGGGCAUGUGAAUUGGGAGAAGCUGGAGGCGCUGGCCAAGGAGGAGGGGUCGGAUGCGCCGACGGCGACGCCGUCUCCGAUGCGACCGGAGACGCGGGUGAAGCGGAAGAUGAGCAGCGACCAGAUGAUUGAGUCGGAGUUGAUGGGCUUCGAGUAUAAUGAACGGAUUAUGAUGGAGCUGCACAGGUCGUUACAGACCUAUGCGGAUCCAGGCUUCUUUGCUUUAGGUGGUCUUUAUAGUUGA